CGCCAUUCAUGAUGACCACGCCUUUAUCGCCAUGAGGACAUGCGCCCUCCUCGGCCUUUUCUCUUCGGCUCUGUGCUUCCUCCGGGCACCCAUGCACCGGUCGCUCGCGCUGCGCCGCGCGUGCCCGGCGCGCGGCCGGCGCACGGCGAGGGCGGCGAGCUCGGCGGUGCAUGUACUGGCUUGCGCGACGGAGUAUCGGCAGGAGACGGCCAUUCUGCAGAGGAGCGCCAAGCGAAAUGGCUUUCGUUUCCAUACGGUGGGCCUGGGAGAACCCUGGCGCGGCUUUGCCACCAAGUUCUUAGCCUACGAGCGUCGUUUGCGAGAGCUGCGGGAGCGCCUUCCACCGGAGCAACUGGUGAUGUUGCUGGAUGCCUGGGACACGGUGAUCUUGGGCUCAGUGGAAGAGCUGCACCAGAAGAUGGCGCGGCUCCCGCCAGGAUGGCUCCUCUGCGGCGCGGAGCGGGUCUGCGGGCCAAACCACUUCCUGGUGGCGCAAAUCGAAGCGCUCUUCCCCGAUGGGCACACGCCCUGGAGAUAUCCCAACUCCGGUGGCCUGGUGGGACCCUUGGAGGUGAUGCUGGAGCUCCUACAUGAUCUAGUUCAUGACACGGAGAAUGGCCUGGCAUUGCCAGCAGAGGAGAAUGACCAGGUGCGGCUGCAUGACUUCCUCAUCGCGCGCGCUGCGCAGGGCCGCGCGUUUCCGAUGCGUUUGGACACGGAUUGCGAGGUCUUCCAGUGUAUGUACGAGGAACAGCCCCAGUGGCAGGUUGACCUGUCGGGGCAGAAACCACGACUGCGAAACCAGCUCACGCAGAGCCAGCCGCUGGUGGCGCAUGGCAAUGGCCACACUGGAAGGUGGUUCUUGUCUGCCAUGUACAGCGAGAUGAAGCUGCUGGAUCAUCUGGGCCUGUCCAUGGCCGAGCUGCAGCACUUGCAGCACGAGAUGCCCGUGCCCCCAGGCACCGAAGUGACCGAGGAGAUCAAGGCUGAGUACUGCCCCUGGUGGUACAUGCCCGGCUGCUCGAGCUGAGGAGAUAGCUCACCGUGCCGGUGAUGUCGGACAAGGAGUCGGGGCUUCCGGUGGUACAUGUCCCACAGGACUCGAAGGGCUCAAUCUUCCCAAGUGGGGGGUUGUAUAGGGACUGGUAUAAAACAGUCUUGGGGAUUUGAGCCAAGAGUUCUAUCCUUCCCACUUCCACCAGCGGUUUUGGGGUGCCCCAAGCAGACCUGUACAGCAGGUGAUCCAUCAAUUCCCCUCAUAGCUACGCCGUGGUGAAAAAGGACAACCCGAAAAAUCGCAUCUCUGAAGCCCUUGCGGAGGGUUGCAGAUCGUUUGUUGGAGGUGUUCUCAGCGACCAUCCGAAUGAUUUAUUUUUUUCACGUGGCGCGCCCAGGAAUGCACAAGGGUGCCACCGAUGGCUUUGCGACCUUCCGAAGCAUCCGAGAGAUGAUGUGCGGCCGCGGCUGAUCAAAGCUUGCCCCCUUGAUGGCCGCGGUGGAUGAAAAGGGCGGAAAAAAGCGGCUACUGAACGACAACACUUAAAAAAGAAGCUGACUUUGAGGUCAAGACAUGGGUCAUGAUAGUCUAUGAUGG